AUGUUCUACGAUCUUAAUGUGCCCUAUAGUCCUGAUGAUUCCGAGAUCUCUCCUACCUUGAGCUUCCUUGCAGAACUCGGUUACACAACGGUGGCUCUCUCCCAAACUGUUACCGGGAAGCUUCCUCCGAAUCCCACUCCCCCUCCAGCCCCAGCAAAUGCUCCGAUAGACCUGACGCUACUGAGCCGCAUAAACCUGACUCUCUCGGAUCCCGCGCAGAACCAACGCCUUUCCAGUCUAUCUCAAGUGUAUGAUCUCGUUGCACUCCGACCCACCAAUGAGAAGGCUCUUUUGAAUGCCUGCACCAAUUUGGAAUGCGAUGUGAUCUCCCUGGAUUUCUCGGUGCGACAACCGUACCACUUUAAGUUCAAAAUGCUCUCUGCAGCCAUCGCACGUGGGAUACGGUUCGAAAUCUGCUACGGACCCGGCGUCACGGGAAGCGGCACUGAUGCUCGCCGCAACCUUAUCGGCAACUCUAUGGCACUAGUCCGGGCGACACGAGGAAGGGGAAUCAUCGUGUCCAGCGAGGCCAGGAGAGCAUUAGGUGUGCGGGCACCGUGGGACGUGAUCAAUCUAGCUUGCAUUUGGGGGUUGUCACAAGAGCGCGGUAAAGAAGCGAUCUGCGAGGAAGCAAGGAAGACCAUUGCACUGGCUAAAUUGAAGCGGACCAGCUGGCGUGGGAUCAUUGACAUUGUUGACGGGGGGGAGAAACCAGGGCCCGGGUCCAACACACUAUCUGCUGGUCAGAAGGGUAGUAGUGCAUCUAAGCAGAAAGGCGUGCAAGUUCAGGGAAAUGGGGAUGGUUUGAAAAGGAGGGCCUCUCUCGGCCUCGAGACAGUGGCUGAACCAGAGAAGCCACUAUCCAAGCGCGAGAUGAAACGCAGAGCCAAGAAAGCUCGAUUGAAUGCAGUUGAAGGUGAUGGUAGCGACACAGCCGCGGCGCCUACGAAUGGUUAA